AUGCGGCUUCCCGCGGCGCUGCUGGCCGCCCGCGCGCUGUGGGCGUGGCUGCUGCUGGCUGCUGCUGCAGCGCGCGCAGCAGAAGAGCCCGCCGCGCCCCCCGCUGCAGCAGCAACAGCAGCAGCAGCAGCAGCAGCAGCAGCAGCAGAUGAAAGCCAGGGGGCCCCCAUGGCCUUGGGGGCCAUGAACUUCCUCACGGAGGCCCUGGGGCCCUGGCUGAAACCCUCGCAAGAGAGGUUUACGCUGCAGGCAGCUCUUGUGGAGGGUUUGCUGCCGCUGCUGCAGCAGCUGGGCGGCGCUGCAGCAGCAAAGCAGCUGCAGCAAACGCUGCAGCAGUCGCUGCAGACCGAACGCGAGCUGCUGCACACUUACGAGCAAAUGGUCGAGACCCGCGAGGCCCUCGACCUGCUGCUCGCCCAGAAAAACAGCAGCAGCAGCAGCAGCAGCAGCAGCAGCAGCAGCAGCAGCAACACCGCCAGCAGCAGCAGCAACAACAGCAGCAGCAGCAGCAAGGAGCUGGAGGAGGAGGAGCAGCAGCUGCGGCAGCAAAUGGCAGAACUGAUGGCGCAUGCAAAGGACUUGUACUUCAGCAGCAGCAACUUGUUGGGGCAGGUCCCGGGUGUACAUACACCCGAGGGUUUGCUGUCGCCGGUGCGGCGGGAGGCCGCGCGGGCCGUCGAGCGGACGGUUUUCGGAGUUUUCGCGGACUAUUUGCCUCUAGAUAGUUCAAAAUAA